AUGAACCGUUCGUUUCCUGGAUGGCGAUAUGAUUCAAAUCAUUCGGAAGAGGCAGAGAAUGGAAGAAUAGUCGUGAUCUGGAAUCCUAUUUUGACAGUAAUCCCUUACUACAAAACGGAUCAGCUUAUCUUAUGUGGAGUGUUUAAUCCUAUUACUAGCAUAUCAAUCACGGUGGGUUUUGUUUAUGCUCAUAAUGUAAGCUCAGAAAGGAUUCCCCUCUGGACUACUUUGAGACUUCUUGCUUCAAAUGAUCUCUUGAGAGCAUCUCCUUGGAUUCUUUUGGGUGUUUUUAAUCAAGUGUUAAGUUCAGCUGAAGUCUACUCUUUCAGACCGUCUUUAUCACCCUUUCAGAGACUAGGUGACUUCAGGGAUUGCCUCUUUGAUAUAGAAUUGUAUGAUCUCUCUUCUCAGGGCUGUCAUCAUACCUGGACAAAUAAGUGUUCUUCUAAUCCAAAGACAAGGAAACUCGAUAGAGCUCUUAUCAAUGAAGCAUGGCAAGACGCCUUCCCAUCGUCUAAUGCAUACUUCGAUGUCCCUGGUUGCUUUGAUCAUUCACCAUGCUUGGUUACCAUCUCGGCUGAAGUUCAGAGAAGGAUCUCCAGGUUUAAUUUUUUUACCUUCUUCACAUUUCAUCCCGACUACCCGAGACUCAUUUCAGAAGCCUGGAACAGUCUACUUCGGCCUUCAAACCCAAUGUUCAGUCUUUACCAGAAGCUAAGAGCGGCUAAAGUGUGUUGCAAAACUCUGAACAACUCUCGCUUCAAUAAUAUUCAGGCAAGGUCAAGAGAAGCAUUUGAGCGUUUGGAAUCUCUUCAGAGACAGGUGCUUUCUAAUCAGUCUCCAGCUAUCUUUGAAGAAGAAAGAGCUGCGAGAGAUUCAGUGUUGCUGUUUGCAACUGCAAAAGAGUCUUUCUUUAGGCUGAAAUCUAGAGUGAGAUGGCUUAGUGAAGGAGAUGCAAAUACAGGCUUUUUUCACAAGUCAGUUAAAGCAAACCUCACAAGGAACGCUAUUCACUUUCUUAAGGAUAAUCAGGGAAAUAGAAUCUCAGAAACUACAGCUUUGAAGAAUAUGGUUUUGGGGUAUUAUUCUGAGCUUAUGGGAAAAGCUAAUCCCGAUGUUCGACCGCCGUCAUUUCCAACGCUCAGCUCCAUUCUUGGCUUUAGAUGUUCUGAAGGCCUUUCACGCCGUUUAUCUACUCUCCCAUCAUUAGAAGAGAUUAAGGAUGCCGUUUUUGUCCUGCCAAAAAACAAGGCGCCUGGACCAGAUGGAUUCACGGUAGAAUUCUUUACUUUGUCUUGGGAUUUGGUCAGAAAUGAUUUAAUUUCAGCGGUGAAAGAUUUCUUUCUCAAUGGUACUUUGACACGGCAAGUGAAUGCGACGGUGAUCUCUCUUAUCCCGAAGAUCCUUGGAGCUUCUGUUCUAUCAGAUUUCAGACCCAUCUCUCUAUGCAACACUGUAUAUAAGGUUAUCUCAAGACUUUUAGCCAAUCGGCUAAAACUUAUUACACUGGAUGUAGUUCAGAGAAACCAAGUGGGAUUUGUUAAUAGUAGAUUGCUCUGCGAGAAUGUUCUAUUGGCUCCCGAGUUAGUGAUGGAUUUUAAUAGGCCAGGUCCUACUUCUCGAGGCUGUGUUCAAAUUGAUAUUACAAAGGCUUAUGAUAAUGUCAAUUGGUCUUUUAUUCUUAAUAUCUUAGAGGCUUUGGGUCUGCCUCAGAAUUUCAUCUCUUGGAUUAAAAUUUGCAUCACUUCGCCUUAUUAUUAUGUGGCAUUGAAUGGAGAGUUGGUGGGUUUCUUUCCGGGAAGGAAAGGGUUGAGACAAGGCGACCUAAUCUCUUCUUCUCUAUUUGUUCUUGCUAUGGAUGUCUUGUCAAAGAGUCUUGAUUCGGAUGCAGACCAGGGAAGGUUCGGCGUUCAUCCUCUAUGUGUAAAUCCUCUAGUAACUCAUCUUAGCUUCGCAGAUUACUUACUGGUUUUCUUCGAUGGGAAAGAGGAGUCUUUGAAGGGCAUUAUUGAGAUUCUAAAGGAGUUUCAGGAUGCCUCGGGUCUGGCUCUGAGUCUAAGAAAGACUAGCUUGUUUUUGGACGGAGACAAUAAUCAGCUAACUCAGGAUUUGGCUACUAAGUUUGGACUCCAAACCGGCUCUCUGCCAGUUCGUUACCUUGGACUGCCGUUGAUGCCUCGGAAUCUCACUUGGCAGGAUUGUCAGCCUCUUAUUGAUAAGGUUAAAUCCAGAAUCUCGUCCUGGACAGUUAGGCCUUUAUCUUUUGCUGGUCGCCUGCAGUUGAUCCAAUCGGUCCUUUAUGGAAUUGUCAACUACUGA